AGGCUGUUUAGACAACACAACUGAACACUACCUACAGAAUCUACCUGUGAUUUAGUAAAGUCAUCUACACCAUCCUAAGUGUCAGUCUUGGAUGUUUACUUUACAUCUGUCAUUGUCUACACUGUAUGAUAAGUUGUGUUUUUUAAAUCUUUUACAAUCUAGUUUUCAAGAGACUGUCUCCAUGGCGACGAUGUUGACCGUCCUUAUCCUACUCAGCAUUGCCUUUGCAUAUCUGUCCUUCUCAGGUAACAGGACCCUGGAACCACCAUCAUCUGGAACCGAGGAGCCGUCCUUCUCAUGUGACAGGACCCUGGAACCACCAUCAUCUGGAACCAAGGAGCCGUCCUUCUCAGGUAACAGGACCCUGGAACCACCAUCAUCUGGAACCGAGGAGCCGUCCUUCUCAGGUGACAGGACCCUGGAACCACCAUCAUCUGGAACCAAGGAGCCGUCCUUCUCAGGUGACAGGACCCUGGAACCACCAUCAUCUGGAACUGAGGAGCCGUCCUUCUCAGGUGACAGGACCCUGGAACCACCAUCAUCAGGAACAGAGGAGCCAUCCUCCAGAGUGUGAGAAGAUCAUGAACAGCAACAGGAGAGUUGAUAAUAUUGAUUACCAUGAUGUUAACCAGGGUAUAUUUUUUAAGAUGGAUAUUACAGUGCCAUUUCAGACACAGCCUGAGAGGGAAAAGUACAGCAAUUGUUUGUCAGAUUUAAUUAGCAUAAUUGUUAACUUUUCUGCUAUACUGUCUUGUAACUUUCCAUAAYUAUGUAGACAGUAAGGCCUUACAUGCUGUCAUGUGUCUUUCAUUGAAGCUUUCCUAUCCUCUGUGCUGACUGUCAUUAGCAGACCUGGGCUCAAACAUACUAUCUGAAAUCUUCCAAAUACUUUGAGUGUUUUAUCUAGCCUGCCUAAAGUGCUGGAUGGGCAGUGUUUGCAGUUUUGGGACAAUUGUAUUGGUCCAUUAUACCAUGCAGGCUCAUUCAAGCCCAGACUAAGUAUUUGGAAUGAUUUCMAAUAGUAUUUUACCCAGGCCUGGACAUAAGAAAAUGUUACAUAACAUAUACAUGUAGGAUCCUGUUUUUGUUMUUUUAUCCCCCUCUACUUUACACAGGGCAGGAGCCUUCCAGGCUUCUGGUCYAGCAGAUGUUAGGAGGAGGCAAGAGGCAGGAGGCCUUCCAGGUUUCUGGUCUAGCAGAUGUCAGAGACCUCUGUAGUAYCACUUCAUACAGAGUUUGACUCUUUCUAUCUUCUGUUUCAUCAUCUAAACCCUGUGUCCCAUCAUGUAGUUGCUUUGGAGGCAUUCUGUCAUGAAAUAAAUCUAUAUGAUCCAGAUCAUCUUGUUCUAGUUGCAAGGUCCCUCCUGGGAAGGUGGGCGGGGUCGUUUCUCUCUCUUUGCAAUUCUGUCACUAUUGUGAAAGUUGUUUUAGACUUAAAGCAUAUUGCCCAAUUGACAAGUACUGCGUGACUGUGCCACCAGUGGACGCUGCUGAGGGRAGGACGGCUCAUAAUAAUGGCU